UUUUUCUUCCGAUUGACUUUUUUCUUGUUACUCUUUUUCUCUUGUGUUUAUUAUUACUCGUUGGUUCGAUUUCUUUUAAUUAACCAAUUAAUUGACAAUUAACUUGACCCAUUCUCAAUUUAACUUGACCAAUUGUUAGAGAAAGUUUCAUAUUCUUGUAAAAAGCAUUAGCUUCUUACUCUGUUGGUUUGGUUUUUCUCAAUCGCUGGUGGUUAUAUUUUGUUCCUUGUUUUAAAUUUACACUAAUUGUUGUGUUUAAAGCAUCAAAAUUUCAAUCAAUUAGGCUUCAUUAUUUCUCGUUCUCUUCUGUUAAUUGUUAACAUUUAACAUUCUUUGUAAUACCAUUCGCUCCAAGACAAAACAAGAACAAAAAAUCCUCUUCUUCCAAGUUGAUCUUAAAUUAUAAUUAUUCUAUUGGCUUGAUUAUCGUUUUAUCAUUAACGUAAUCAACCAAAUCUUUUAUUAAAGUGAAUACUUUUUAUCCGUGGGUCAAGUUUCCAUUGUAAAGCAAUCAAAAUUCCGAAAAUGAAGCAUAGUGGUCUUCAAAGAGCCAGGCAAAGUACUAGAAAGAAAAUGAAAAAAUCAUUAGGCCCAGAUUUUGUUGAUCCCUCAAAUUUGGGUCUUCACGGAAAGGAAACAUCAUCUGAUGUUCGAUGUGACAUUUGCCAUGAAGGUUUACCGAUAAACUCCAAGAAAGACUGUAUCACUUGCAAGAAAUGUGCUAUUCGAGCUCAUGCUAACUGUGUUAGAACCCAAUUAAAUGUUAAGUAUAUUAAAUCUCUCUGGUUGUGUGUAAAUUGUAGACAUUGCUACGAAUGUGACAAGUCUGGUGUUGAACAGAGUGAACUAGUAUUCUGCCGAUCAUGUGAUAGAUCUUAUCAUUAUGAUUGUACCGAAGACAAAGGUAUCCAUAAUAAUGGUAAAUAUGUUUGCUAUCGAUGUGCAAAACCUCCUGUAAUUAGUACACGAUUAAGCACCACACCACGUCAAAAUAGUUCUACUACAACUACAGCCACAACUACUCCAACUACAUCGGCAACCACCAGCAGCAGUACCAGUGUCACUAACACUACGACUACUUCAUCGGCAAACGCUACACCUAAUGGUAACAGUAAUCGUGUCACUGCUAGAACUGUCAACAAAAUUCAGCCUAUUGAAGGUAAAUCAUCUACCACAAUAUCAUCUCAUCCUUCUACAUCUACUUCAUCAUCAUCAUCAACACCAACUCCAUCAACAUCACGAGCCUCAUAUCACGUUAAAAAGGAAAUGAUCAUGGAGAAAAGACGUCCUAGAAGUCAUUCUAAUAAUCCAAAUGACCGUGCAUCGCACCCUGAUCGUCAACAGCCCCAAUCGAGAUCAGUAAGAAUCGGGCGUCGUGAAAAUUUAAUGCAUUAUUUCAGUGACCCACUAAAAUACACAAGCCAUGGAAGAUUCAUGCUCUUGAGAGAUACCAAGGAAGCAAGACUUGUAGAUCAGUCUUUUGGAAUAACAGAUGAUCGAUCAGUGGUAAUAAAUCCAGUUACUAAUAAACAUGAAUCGGGACUACGAAAUAAUCAUAACCAAAUAUCUUUAACCAUUGAUGAUUUACGUCGACUUCAAACGGAUCGUGUAAAAGAAUUAAAAACUUCAUCUGAACGCUCCAUGAAAAUUAGUCACAAUGUUACUGAUUCAAGGAAUAACAUUGAUUUACCUGACAUUGACAUGAAAGACUCGUUUACUGAUAAACCAUUAACCAGGGAUAAUAAUGACAAACUAUUGGAAAAACCUCGACUAAUUAAAAAGAUUGAACCAGAAAUAGAAAAUAUUAGUGAUAAAUCGAAAGAUAUAAAAAACAAAAUCGAAAAACAAUCUACUAAUGAGAAUAGACGAAUUUCAAGUGAACCUUCAACCGAGAAUAGUCGUAAUCCAAUGAACAUUAACAAAACCAAUGGAACAGGAGUCAGAGGUACUUCUCUUUUGGCUCUUCAUGGACUUACAGGUAAUGAGAAUGAGCAUAUUAAAGCUUCUCAUCCAAUUCCACAAAGAUUAAAUUUACCUGAGAAAAGAAAAGCUAAUGAAAUUCAAGGUUCAGGCUUUGUAUUAAAUAAACCAACCGAAUUAACUGAAGAAACAGCCAAGCUUCUUAAAGACUCCAAUGGUGCUAAAAAACUCAAAUUGGUUCUCUUCGAAAGAGCAUGUAAGGCUGAGAGCCUAUUGCCAGCCGAAACAAGUAUUUGGACCACUGAAGACGUUUUUAACUUCAUUCGAUUCAUCGGUUUUCCUGAUGCCGCUGACAACUUUUUAGAUCAUCAAAUAGAUGGUAAAAGUUUACUUCUUUUAAGCCGUCGUGAUGUACUCGCCGGUUUCAAGCUCAAAUUAGGACCCGCUCUUAAAAUUUACGCUCAUAUAUUCCGAUUACAACGUAAAAGACCGGCCCUUCUAUUGGAAGAUUAAACAAUUAGGAUAAUCAACAAAUUAAGGAUACAAUCAUGUUUUACUAAACAACUAUAACAAUUAGCAACAACUGAUUGCUCAAAACAAUUUAAUUCAGACAAGGCAUGAUAUCUGAAAGGAAACCAUAUAUUAAUACCAACCCCAAUUAAUAAUUUCGUCCCCAAGAACUGAACAAUUAAGCAACACUUGAUGAUCCUGUUGAUUGGAUAAAGGAGAAACAAUUAACCAACAUGAAUAUUGUUAAAAUUUUAUUCAUUCAAUUACCUGUUUUUUUUUUAAUUUGUUCAAGGGACAAACAAUGUUUUCAAUUAACUUUUUGUAUCCGUUGGUAAAUAAGUUGCUUGCAUCUUUACAUAUUUACAUGUGUAUAUUUCACUUCUUACCGAAUCCACAAUUUUUUUCCUUCAACUGAUAAAUCCAUAUAUUACUGACCUUCAUUAUUAACAAUUCACCUUUCACCUCCUCUUUAUCCUCACCCUUAUCCUCAUUCCCCUACUUAAGAGCAUUCAACCAAUUGAAUUUCUCUAGAAAAAAAAUUUGUUCUCUUCAAAUAUUUUCCUUAAUUCCUAUUAUUAUUAUUUUUACAAUUCACCGUCUCAUCAUCUCAUCUCAAGGAAUCAAAAACAAUUAACCUUCAUCUUUUCACCUUCUCCCCAAAGACUUUGAUUUACUGAGAAACAAAAAAAAAGUCCAAACCAUGUUGACCUGUUUGAAACUCACACCAACAAUUAAUCAAUCAUCCAAAAGGGCAAAGGAACCAAGAAACACUAAACAAAACCUUAAUGCUUAUAUAUCGUUAAAAGAAAGACAAACAAUUAACUUUUCUCAUCCCUCUCCUUGACCAACAAUCAACCCAACAUGUUAAAUUGUAUUUCACUUUUCAUUAUUAUUAUUAUUGAAAAAAAAACGAAACAAAAUCAUCAUUGUAAUGAAAAUAAAGUUUAAUAGUUGAGAACAAAAUAAAAAAA